AUGGCUUCCGGCGCACCACGAGCAUCGGGCCGAACCAGCGCCAACGAUUAUCGCGACGAAAGGCCCCGCGUAUCGACCAACCUCAAGGGCGAGCGCUCCGAUUCUCGCAAGGGUCCUCCUCCUUCAACGACCCAGUCCAAUUUCUCAAAUGUUCAUAAACGAUCUGCUUCAGGGAACCCGAGGACAUCCAGUCGCAAUGAGGAGGAGCGCCGCUUUGAGACGAGGAGGGUGACGGAGCGUACCUUUGAAGCUCACCUCGAGCGUGCAGUCCCGAGAAAUACGAGUCCAGAACGAUCACAUCGACGAAAUGCGCCUUCAGAGAGUAGAGCUACGUCGAAAGCACCUAGACAUGAUACUCCUGAAGCUCGGCAGUCGAGAGCUGAGACUCCACUGGCGUCGACCGUACCUCAAGCUCCUCAACCGAAACCUCUAGGCGAACUGAGCUUGGAGCUACAAGAAGCUGCUAUAGUGGAGGAUCUACUCUUUGUAUUCAUGGGAUAUGAAGGACAGUACAUCAGAUUCGCCAAAGGAUACAACCCGAACGAGGAGAGAGACAGAUUAUCUGGACCAAGCUUCAGAACGUUACCUGGCCUUGACCCAAGUCUACAGGACCUAACACAGUCAAUGCUCAAGAUGGCAACAUAUUAUUCUGCCCUAGAAGCUUUUGUCGAUGUCCAGAGUCGGGAAGAGUUUGGUGCAGUGAACCAUGCUCUUUGCGCAUCAAUACGCAAGUUUCUACACGACUAUCUAGUCAUGAUUGCACAGCUCGAGACGCAGUUCCUCACCAGCGACACUUUCACUGUUCAUGUGCUCAACAUUCAUACCAUGUCCACGAGCCAGAUGAUGUUGCAGUUAUACUCACUUGCCCACGAGCUACUCAAAAAGAACGCUCUUCUCGAUGAUGAAACCGAUGAAUCUGAAGAUAGUGCUGACGAUUUUGAAAACAUCCUCGAGACACUUCGAGAUGGAGGCGAGUUGGUACCAGGCAACAUGACAGGCAAGAAGAUUUGUAAAGGUGGCGUGGUUCUCGGUCUAAUCACAAAACGCCUCGAAUCUUUAUCAGGCGAUCCUUCAGCUCGAGCGUUGUUAACGACAUUGUUGCGGGACGCCAGCAAACCUUACAUGGUUAUGCUUAACGAAUGGCUUCAUCAUGGUGGAAUCCAUGACCCUCAUGCCGAGUUCCUCAUCAAGGAACAGAAGAGCAUUAAACGUGAGAGGUUGGAACAAGACUAUACUGAUGAAUACUGGGAGAGGAGAUACACAAUACGGGAUCACGAUGUUCCUCCACAACUCGAGGGUGUCAAGGACAAGGUUCUAUUGGCGGGCAAGUAUCUCAACGUUGUCCGCGAAUGUGGCGGCGUCGAUGCGAGCAAAGUCUCAAAGGAUGUCCCAGCUUCUUUCGACGACAACCGCUUCCUCGAAAACGUCAACAAUGCCUACGCUCACGCCAACGAAUCUCUCAUGCAACUCCUCCUCACAGCUCACUCUCUACCUGCUCGUCUACGCUCUCUCAAGCACUACUUCUUCCUCGAUCCCUCAGACUACUUCUCCUAUUUCCUCGAGCUGGGCGCCUCAGAGUUGCGCAAACCCGUCAAGUCUGUUAACACCGGCAAGCUGCAAUCUUUGCUGGAUCUCGUCCUGCGUCAGCCCGGCAGUCUUGUCUCUCUUGAUCCGUUCAAGGAGGAUGUCAAGGUUGAAAUGAACGAGAUUGUUCUCACAAAGGCCCUGCAGCGUGUUGUCAACAUCACAGGUAUCGAGCAGGGAGAGGCACUCCAGCCUGUUGCUAAUCAGCCUGUUGAGAACGAUAAGAACGCUGUUGGCUUCACAUCCCUGCAACUAGACUACUCCGUCCCUUUCCCUGUCUCACUCGUCAUCAGUCGAAAGACAGUAUGGCGAUAUCAAGCACUCUUCCGUUAUCUCCUUUCACUCCGCUAUCUUGAAUCACAACUAUCGACUACAUGGCAAACACAGACUCGGGGUAUCAGCUGGGCACACAAGGGUGCUUUGCGAAAACUCGAGAUCUGGAAGCGACGUGUUUGGACACUUCGUGCGCGUAUGUUGGUAUUCGUACAACAACUCCUCUACUUUUGUACGGCUGAAGUCAUAGAACCAAACUGGAACAAGUUCAUGUCACGUCUAAAGACAGAGGAUGAGCCUGUGGACUCGAGCUUAGGUGUACCAACACGGACUGUCGAUGAGUUGAUGCAGGAUCAUGUCGAUUUUUUGGACACAUGCCUCAAGGAGUGCAUGCUCACCAAUAGCAAGCUUUUGAGGAUCCACUCCAAACUCAUGCAGACAUGUACCAUCUUUGCUGCCUACACAAACUGGCUCACUCGUGAGCUCGAAAAGUCAGAUCCAGACCUAUCAGGCAACAACAAGCCCCCUACUAUGACAGCAGAUCAAUGGACGCGCUUCCAGAUGACAAAGACGGUACAACGUGGCUCAACGUCAGCUCAUCAUGACACCUCUGCUGCUUCGGCGGGUAACGCUGAGGUAGAUGCUCGCAUUGACAAUCUGUUCGAGAUUAUUCGUAAAUGGGAGGGCAAUUUCAGUCGACAUCUGCAGAUCUUGCUUGAUGCACUGAAUCACUAUGCUGCCACCGAGACAGUGGUCUUGUUGAGUCUGUGUGCACGCUUGAGCACUGCGAAUCAGGGGACAGAGUAUGCUGGACUACGGCAAGAGGACGAGUCAACUUAG